UAUCUAUAUAAGUGAGGAACAGCGAGCUGUUAUCUAAGCUGUAUAUCUGUUCCCUGUUCCUUUUCGACUGUGACCGGUAACGGCCUUAUUCCGAAUUCAAGCUUAGGAGCUAACUUCAGAGCGUUAGGUCGAAAAAAAUGCGCUACCGGAGCCUGUCCACAAUACGUUCUGUUCCAUGUUCUGUUCUUGUUCUUGUUCUGUUCUGUGUGCUAACGUUCCAGAAUCAGGGUCGGCUAUCUACAUCUUACAUAUCGUAUUUCGUGAUUGUAUUCAUUGUAAACAUUUAUACUUGGUUAUGUACGUGCUCCAAAAUAUCCAAAAUGAAAAGUCGAAAACUUUUAUUAUCAAUGAGCUUGAUUUAUAGUACUACAAUAUUGUCAAUGUUACUCAAGAAAAUUGAAAAGAAACGUAUAAGAAGAUAUUGGACAAAAACAUAUUUGCAUCCUCUCAUGGGGGAUGAAUAUGGAGCAUUUUCUCAGUUAUUUAUUUAUUUUGCAUUGAAUGACUACGAAAAGUUAUUCAGAUUUGUUAGAAUGUCUUUUGACAAUUUCAUAACAUUGUAUCAUUUGGUAGGUGCUAAAUUAGUGAAAUUGAGUCGAAGAAAGCCACUGAUUGCAGAUUUUCGUCUUGCUGUAGUAUUACAUUACCUUGCUCAUGGUGGAUGUGUCAAUAAUGAAGCAUGGCUUUUCCGCUUGGGGAGAUCCACUGCAUAUCAAUUAAUUGCAGAAGUAUGCGAAAUAUUGAGUGUAGCAUUAGUAAAAAAAUAUGUUCAAUUUCCGAAUAAACAGCAGUGGUUACAAAUUGCUAAAGGAUACCAAAGAUUAUGGAAUUUUCCUAAUUGUAUCGGAGCACUAUAUGGUAAACAUGUAGAAACUGAAAAACCAGCACACGCAGGAGCAGCAUUCAAAAACUACAAGAAGUUUCAUAGUUUAUUGCUAAUCGCAACGUGUGACCAUCUCAAAAGAUUUACUUGGUUCUCUUUUGGAGACUAUGGGUCUUUUAGUGAUCCCAGUAGCUUUGGAACCACAGAUUUAUCAAUGAAACUACAAAAUCAAACAGCCAACAUACCGCCUCCAAGAGUGCUACCAAACAGUAACAUUCAGACAACUUUUGUUUUUGUCGCAGACGAAAUUUUUGGAAUUCGAAACAAAGGAAGAAAAAAUUUAUAAUUAUAGGUUAUCGAGAGCAUGACUAAUUAUUAAAUGCUGUUUUGGUAUAUUAGAAGAAAAGUGGGCAAUUUUUCAAAAACCAAUAUAUUUUGAUACAAGAACUACUGAAAAAAUUGUAUGUGCCGCCAUAGGACUACAUAAUUUUCUUUUAUGUGAAAAUAAUAUUGAAGAAGAAUAGUCUAUUGAAGAACAUUAUAAUUACACUCAGGAAGUAAGAAAUGCCACGUCUCCAACCAUUAUAAGAAAUCGCUUCAAAACGUAUUUUUCUUCUCCAGAAGGUGCAGUGGAAUGUCAGGAAAAAUAUAUAUAGCUUUUCAACGGAUUGCAAGAUUUACUCAAAAUAUUUAUUUUUUAUACUUAUAUUUUCUAUAAAAAUAUGUAAACAAAUUUUAAUUAGUACUCUAUUAAAGAAUUUCUAACACAUA